AUGGGCCACAACACUCAGCCACUGGGUGGUUCCAAAGUUUGGACUACACUCAUAACAAACACUGAGUAUCUGUCGGGCCUUUUGACCCUUGAAUACUCUCUCAAGAAAGUGGGCUCCAAGUAUCCGCUCGUCGCUCUCUACACGGAUUCAUUUCCUGCCGAGGGUCAUCAGGCCCUGGAUUCACGGGGAAUUUUGAAACGACAUGUCCCUUACCUCCUGCCAUCAGUUUCAAAGGACUACACUAACGAUGUGCGCUUCUACGACUGUUGGAGCAAGCUCACCCCAUUUUCGCUUACCGAGUAUGAUCGUGUCGUGCAGCUCGACAGUGACAUGGUAGCACUCCAGAAUAUGGAUGAAUUGAUGGAUCUCGAGUUGGAUGCACCGGAAUUGGCUGGCACGGGAAACCGAGUGUUCGCCGCCAGCCAUGCCUGUGUCUGCAACCCGCUUCAGAAACCUCAUUACCCCAAAGACUGGAUCCCGGCCAACUGUGCCUAUACUAGCCAGCAUAACACCCCUGACAUCGCGCAAACAGCCGGUGCCUCGGCCACUGCGGGCCUGGGGAUCCCGAAUGGAGGUCUCCAGGUGGUGAAUCCAUCUCAAGGAACCUAUGAGAAGAUCAGUACGCAGCUCGGUUCUGCUACAACAUCGAGCUACGAUUUCGCCGAUCAGUCCCUGCUUGGAGAUGUAUUUUACGGCCGAUGGGUUGCCCUUCCGUAUAUUUACAAUGCACUCAAAACCUUGCGGUGGAAGGGCGUUCACGAUGCUAUCUGGCGGGACGAGAAUGUGAAGAACGUACAUUACAUUCUCAGUCCGAAACCAUGGAAUGAAUUGGCAGACAAUCAAGAGCAAGGAGGCUCUAAGUCGACUCAAGACCCGUCUCACGCAUGGUGGAUAUCAUUGAAUGAAGAGAGGUUGAAGGAGGAACGCAAUAAUGGCCUGAAUGACCAAUUUUGA